GAUGAUGGCCGCGUGAGCACCCGCCAUGGCCAGCCGGAGGCACCAGAGCACCAUGAGCAGCAUGCUGGACCACAGGGUGCGGCCGGACCCCACGGCCCCCCACGGCCCUGAGCCUGAGAGUGAGGAGGUGGAGCUGCCCCUGGAGGAGUAUGUGCCCACGGGCCUGGAGCUGGUCACUCUGCGGCCUGAGAGCCCCCCGCCGGCAGAGCAGGAGUGCACUGACCACAGCCCCGAUGGGGACUCGAGCUCCGACUACGUCAACAACACCUCUGAGGAGGAGGACUAUGACGAGGGCCUCCCAGAGGAGGAGGAGGGCAUCACCUACUACAUCCGCUACUGCCCAGAGGAUGACAGCUACCUGGAAGGCAUGGACUGUAACGGGGAGGAGUACCUGGCCCAUGGUGCCCCGCAUGUGGAGACCGAUGAGUGCCAGGAGGCGGUGGAGGAGUGGACAGACUCGGCUGGCCUGCACCCCCUUGGCCCUGGGGCCGAAGGCAGCCAGGACUACCGGGAUGGCCACCUCCCUAUCCUGGAACAUGAGGCCUCCACGCUGGAGACCCAUGACCAGGAGGAAGGCGUCCACUAUUGUCCUGGUGAAGAGGGGUACCAGGACUACUACCCGGCAGAGGCCAAUGGGAAUGCAGGUGGGGCCUCCCCCUACCGCCUAAGGCGGGGGAACGGGGACCUGGAGGACCAGGAGGAAGACAUUGACCAGAUAGUGGCCGAGAUCAAGAUGAGCUUGAGCAUGACCAGCAUCACCAGUGCCGGCGAGGCCAGCCCCGAGCACACACACAUGCGGGGGUCCGAGCCAGGGCCCGGGGACUCCACAGAGGCCUGCUCGCCUGGCGAGACCAGCCGCGGUCCCAGCAGACACGAGGGCCGGCCCAAGUCUCUGAACCUCCCUGUGGAAACCAAGCACCCCGGAGACCCCCAGAGAGGCUUCAAGACCAAGACCAGGACCCCGGAGGAGAGGCCAAAGUGGCCCCAGGAGCAGGUUUGCAAUGGUUUGGAGCAGCCGAGGAAGCAGCAGCGCUCUGAUCUCAACGGACCCAUUGACAAUAACAACAUUCCAGAGACAAAGAAGGUGGCAUCAUUUCCGAGCUUUGUGGCUGUUCCAGGGCCCUGUGAACCCGAGGACCUCAUCGAUGGGAUCAUCUUUGCUGCCAACUACCUGGGGUCCACCCAGCUGCUGUCAGAGCGGAACCCGUCCAAGAACAUCAGGAUGGUGCAGGCACAGGAAGCCGUCAGCCGUGUCAAGGCUUCUGAGGGGGACGCCCAGACGCUGACCGAAGUGGACCUCUUCAUCUCCACCCAGAGGAUCAAGGUUCUAAAUGCAGACACACAGGAAACCAUGAUGGACCACGCCUUGCGCACCAUCUCCUACAUUGCCGACAUUGGGAACAUCGUGGUGUUGAUGGCCAGGCGCCGCAUGCCCCGGUCGGCGUCGCAGGAUUGCAUCGAGACCACACCUGGGGCCCAGGAGGGGAAGAAGCAGUACAAGAUGAUCUGCCACGUGUUCGAGUCAGAGGACGCCCAGCUCAUCGCCCAGUCUAUCGGGCAGGCCUUCAGCGUGGCCUACCAGGAGUUCCUGCGGGCCAACGGCAUCAACCCCGAAGACUUGAGCCAGAAGGAGUACAGUGACAUCAUCAACACCCAGGAGAUGUACAAUGACGACCUCAUCCACUUCUCAAACUCGGAGAACUGCAAGGAGCUGCAGCUGGAGAAGCACAAAGGAGAGAUCCUGGGCGUGGUGGUCGUGGAGUCGGGCUGGGGCUCCAUCCUGCCCACAGUGAUCCUGGCAAACAUGAUGAAUGGUGGCCCGGCGGCCCGCUCGGGGAAGCUGAGCAUCGGGGACCAGAUCAUGUCCAUCAAUGGCACCAGCCUGGUGGGGCUGCCUCUCGCCACCUGCCAGGGCAUCAUCAAGGGCCUGAAGAACCAGACGCAGGUGAAGCUCAACAUCGUCAGCUGCCCUCCAGUCACCACAGUCCUCAUCAAGCGGCCAGACCUCAAGUACCAGCUGGGCUUCAGUGUGCAGAAUGGAAUCAUUUGCAGCCUCAUGAGAGGGGGCAUCGCAGAACGAGGCGGCGUCCGCGUCGGCCACCGCAUCAUCGAGAUCAACGGGCAGAGUGUCGUGGCCACAGCCCACGAGAAGAUAGUUCAAGCCCUAUCUAAUUCUGUCGGGGAGAUCCACAUGAAGACGAUGCCUGCCGCCAUGUUCCGGCUCCUCACGGGCCAGGAGACCCCACUCUACAUCUAGGCUGCGGCCUCACCGAAGGAGCUCCACCGCCGGGCCCCAGAGGCACUGGGCACUUGGCUGCAGCGGGAGGCCAGGAUGUUGGGCCGACCCCGACCCUCAGCGUCGGAGGACUCGAGCUUCCCUGGUGGGCAUGCCCCCACCCACCCUUUUUUUUUUUUUUGGCCAAGAAGGGGUAUGUCUCUAUCAAAGGAGAGUCACAGAAACAGAACCUUUGUAAAACAUUCAAGUAUUUUGCCACAUUCCGAACUGUUUCCUCAGUGACUGACGAGGGUGUUGUGUGUACUCUGUGUGGUGUAGAGUGUGUGUCUUUUCUCCUUGAAGCUGUAGUGGACGUGGGUAUCUGACGGAUGGGCGAGGACAAGGGCCGCUGGGGAGGCCGUGACUGACUCUCUGUCCCCCCACUGGUCCCCUGGAGGCCCCUGACGGUACCAGAUAGGCGGACUCUGCCACCGCUUUUCAAGAACAUGGACAGCGCAGCCCCCAGGGUGACUUGUAAUUAAAGUUGGGAACACGGGACUGGUUGUCAUUAUUUAACAGGAAAGGAGGCAUUCCUGAGUUAAAUAAAGAGUGAUGGCCGCAACGUGAAAACUCCGUAUUUAUUUAGGUGAUAUUACUGUUUUUGACUUUAAUUUUGGCAAAUUGUUCUUCAGACUGAAGGGUUUUCAGAUGACCUAUGACCACAGCCGUUACUCCUGCCUCUCCCUAUAGUCUCUGUGAAGUUACCUGGGCACCCCCCGCUCCCCGCCACAGGGCUGGGGACAGCUCAUUCUCCUCCCAGGGACACGGAGAGCACCUAGUGUCUACGGUCGAUGGAAAAUCUACCUGGACACGCACAGCCACACACGUGCCGCCCGCCCGCCCAGAUAGUCCCCCGCAGAGACCACCACCAGCUGCUGCAUUCCCCGAGCAGCCGGCGAUGCGUGUCGGUGACCGGGUGGGCAGGGCGCUGUCACCAUCAGCAGCGUUCACGCGUGUCGGUCCACUAACACAUAGUCUAGGUAGAUUCAUUAGAGGUCAGCGUUAACUGGUGUCAUUUUGUCUGGAGCCCCUUUCUUUGGCCCAGGCCGUGAAGAAUACACUGUGACUUAAGAAGCCUUACCUUGCAGUAUCUAAAGCUGUAGGAUUCCUGUAUCUGAGGAGUAACCUGUGUGUUGCAUGCAGCUGACCUUAGGAAGACUUCGCUAAUAUCGCCAAUAA